UUUGAUCGACCCACCGCGAAGACUGUUGCGAAUAGAUCUCAAAUACCAUCCACGUCGACAGAAUGACCACUACAACCCCGCGGGCCGAGGUCAAACUCAAGGCUCCAGGAACGUGUUACCUCUCAAACGAACCUCCCUUCUAUUUCAUUCUCGAUAGUAGGCUCUCCGACAGUGCAGAGCGAGCGAUCUUUCUUGAAGAUGGCUUCGCGGGUUCUCGAGAUUACCAGCCCAUCAACUCAAACCGGGUCAUCCAGUGUUUCGACUAUGAAACUGGCGAACAAGUACAGGUCCUCCACCAAGGCAACCAGCCUGUCUUUUCCGACAGUGGCUACAGCCGAUUUACGACAUCCAACUGCCGUGAGCCUUACGACCUACCAUUCAUAACCUCCUCGCUCCGGCCAGGUAGAAAGUACAUACUGCGCUUCAAGCCGACAACCUCGAUCUCGCACUGGCCGGCUAGUGUAAAGGAUACUUUAAACUCUCUUACCGGGGUAUAUAGCAGCUCAGUUUCUACGCCAGACAUUCCCGCGCUGUCCACACAAGCCAUACUCUGGGAGGCUGCUGACGGCAAUGACACGAUUAUCUUCAAAACCCGGAGCUUACAGCCAAGCACACCAAAUGUCACUGUCUCUCUAUCAGCGCCAUCAACAUGCUCCUUAUCCAAGCCUUUUAUAUUCACGCUCACGUUCUCGACAGACGCUGAAUAUCCUAUCACUGUCCUUGCAGGUCGCUCGGUCGUUAAGUCCGUGUAUUCCGAUAUCAACAUCCGAGACUCCACUUCGCGUGUCCAAGACGCACCCAAUAUUAUCGUUUGUCGCGACGAUGAUGAAGAACAAAGACAAAAAUUCCUAAGACUCAAAGGGACCUUCACGGAGCACCGGGAGCUGAAUAUCAGUGACCCGUUCUGGGAGGAAUUGAAGCCGGAGGUUGGAAAGGAGUAUAUUCUUAGACAUUUACCAGGGACGUGGUGGUGGACAGACGAAUCGAUUGACGAAGUCAUGACUUAUCUCGGAUCAAAGAGCAGUCUUGGUUUGGCAUACACUGACUGCAUCAAGUUUGUGAGCGCAGGUGAAACUCUGCACGCAGCUACAUGGAGGCUUUUUAAAGUGACCCAGUCCCGUGAUAUUUUCUUCAAACAUGCUCUCUUAUGGGGCUUUGAAAGGUUACUAUCGUCGGCGUGGAUUCAGUGCGCGAGGCAUUGGAGUCAGGAGACAAGAUUGCAACAGCUAAGGUCGGCCCAAUGGCUUGUGGAGACUUGUACCCAAUGGGCCAGGGAGUUCCAAGACGUUAAUACGGUCCACCGUGUUCCGCAAUCGGCAGAUAAACUCAUAUUUGCGAUUUGCAUCGUCUAUCUUAGAAAUGAUCACUCCACCACCGUUAAUAGACUUCGAACCAACCGAGUUUGCAUGCUGAAUAUUGCCGAGAACAGCCCUGAUAUUACCGAUCUAUCCUGCUUCGAAGGCUAUCAUGCAUCAAAUAGCCUUUUUCUGGGACACCUUAUAUGGCGGCCUAUUUCUAGGAUAUCUUAUCGAUGGCCCAGUUCUGGACCACCCCCUUCACUAAUAUGGCUCAUUUCUGGGCUUCAUUACCAGCUCACCCCUGCAGCUGUCUUUCGCGUAGAUGAGGCAGUAAUUUCAGGAUUUCCACAUCCUAAUGGCAUUGGGCUACACUUGAUUUAUUCAGACCUGAUGCGCGGUACAAGAUUCGCACUAGUUCGGCUAGCGUGCAGGAUGCAUGGGCAUCCAUCCGAGGGCGUGAUGGUUUCGCAAUAUCAGACACCACUUAGACUCUGUAGCCGCUACAAAUGGGCUACAGACGAGCUACAUACAACUACGACAACCUUGAUGCUGCAAAAUUCUAACCAAUGCCGCAUGCCCGCAAUAUAUCGCCCGGAACCUAUCCGAAGGGUCCCCGUAUCGGCCCCGACCCUGACUCGACCUGGCUCCGACCCUGCCCUGCCCCCUGCUGCUAGCUUGAUAGACAUUGAGUCCCCGCGCACUCCCAUAUGCCUCUGA